AUGGAAAGAAAUCUAUUUAAGAGGAAGGUUACUGAAAAUCAAUCAUCAUCAUCAUCUCCUUCAUCACCACCAACAAUGUCUCCACCUUCCCGCCCAACUUCCUUCAUCCCAAAACAUACAUCAUCAUCAUUCUCCGAUAAUAGAAUUUCAUCUUCAAUACAACAACAAAAUGAUGAGGCUUUUAAACCAGAAGUUGACUAUGCUAGUCAUGGUUUAGAGCAACAUGAUGUAGCAGUGGAGGGAAGAGGAGUUUUCCGAAUGUAUACAAUGAAUCAUUUGCAUCAUCAAAAUACUAAUAACGAACAAUCAAACACUAAUACAACAACAACAACAUCACUUCCUGCUCACUUGAUAAAAACAAGAAAAUGUGAGAGUGUUUUGGUAUUUAUUCAUGGAGCUGGGUUAUCUUCCUUGUCUUGGACUUUGUGUAUGCAAAAUUUAAGACAAUUAGUGAUUAGAAGUGGAAAUACUAAUAAUGUAAAUAUUAAUUUUAUGAGAUCACCUCCUACUCCAAUAGAGAUGGGAAUGGGACAACCUAAAUCCGCAUCAGAAGCCUUUAAUGUUGAUGAUUAUGAAUAUUGUGCAAUGGAUUUGAGAGGACAUGGAGCUAGUCAUACGGAAAAGGAUUCUGAACUCAGUAUUGAUACAUUGGUGGAUGAUAUUAUUGCUCUUUUACAACAAGUAUAUAGAGGAAAGAAGAGAAAUUUCAUAUUGAUUGGCCAUUCACUUGGAGGAUCAAUAGCUGUACGAUGUGCUCACAAAAUGGACAUCAUAGAGGAACAGGAGACCAAGUCUGGCACUGUACAAUCACACGAAUUAAUGACAGUGAAAGGAGUGGUUGUUAUUGAUAUGGUUGAAGGAAGUGCACUGACAAGUCUGCCAAACACUAAGAAAUUCAUCGAAUCUAGACCAAACAAAUUCAAAAACAUGGAAAGUGCCAUCAAAUGGUCCAUUCAACAUGGUGUUGUCAAUAAUAUUUCGAGUGCUGUUAUUAGUAUACCUUCACAAUUGAUGCAUGUUGAGGAGGGAAAUUAUUAUACUUGGAGAACUAAUCUGACAGAUUCGGAAGAAUAUUGGACAGCAUGGUUUACAGACAUGUCACAGAUUUUCCUGGAAGUCAAAGGAUUGAAAUUGCUCAUGAUUACAUCGACUGAUAUUCUGGAUAAAGAAUUAACAAUUGCCCAAAUGCAAGGUAAAUUCCAAAUGAAAGUUCUCAACAGGUCAGGCCAUUGCAUUCAAGAAGAUGAUCCAGCCCAUUGCAGUGAAGUUAUCUUUUCCUUUUUGCAUCGAUUUAGAUUGUAA